AAGAAGAUGAUGACUGAUGACUCACUAACCCAGAAAGAACUUUGGUUUCAUUAUAUGCUUACAAAUAUUAGAAGAUGUUUAUUUUUGCAAUAAUUGUCAUUUCUCAUGCCUGCUUGCUUUUUGUUUAUAAAUUAUACUAAAUGGAAAUACAAAAUUCACAUGUUUAUCCUUUCUUGGCCAACGUGUAUGAUUUAACUCAUUAAUGGGAAUUUACUAUUUUCUCCUUUCUUAAGGAAUAUUUGUCUAGAUUUUGAUACUCUGGUUCUUUUAAGAUUAUGGGCUACAUAAAAUAUUUCUAUAUAUAAUUCAUUUAUUUAACCUACAGGCUCAGUGACAGGCAUGCUGGUUUCCUUUAUACAACCAAAAAACUGGUUCUUUUCUUGUGUGUGUCUGACAAAAGAUUUUGGGUGAAUGGAUUUCUCGCAUGAAAGCAAGAAGCUGGUUCUAAUCUAAAGGAUUACGACAAACGAAUGUAACCCAUUUGAAAGUUGGUUUCUGUGAUAGAGAAACACUGCUAUAGUCAGCAGAAUUUGAGUAUUUCUUUGUUGCUCUGCUUCUUGCACAUUCCACUUCGAUGGCCUUCAGAAGAAGAGAAGUUUUCUUCUUUUUUACCAUUUUUUUAUGGUUUUGGACUGCUGCAAAUGGAUUGCUAUCUCCCAAAGGAGUAAACUAUGAAGUGCAAGCUUUGAUGGGAAUAAAAGCUUCUUUACAUGAUCCACAUGGGGUUCUUGAUAAUUGGGAUGGAGAUGCUGUUGAUCCCUGUAGCUGGACUAUGGUCACUUGUUCUCCUGAGAGUCUUGUCAUUGGCUUGGGAACUCCUAGCCAGAAUUUAUCUGGUACUCUUUCUCCAAGCAUUGGCCACUUGACUAAUCUUCAAAUUGUGCUCUUACAGAACAACAACAUCACAGGACCAAUUCCUGGAGAGUUAGGGAAGCUAUCAAAUCUUCACACACUUGAUCUUUCUAACAACUUCUUCGUUGGUGAAAUUCCUUCUUCUCUGGGCCAUCUGAUGAGUCUCCAAUACAUGAGGCUAAAUAAUAACAGUCUCUCUGGAGCUUUCCCAAUGUCAUUGGCUAACAUGACCCAGCUGAUUUUUCUCGACUUGUCUUUCAACAAUCUCAGUGGCCCUUUACCCAGAUUCCCUGCUAAGACAUUCAACAUAGUUGGCAACCCUUUAAUCUGCCCGACUGGGUCUGAACCAGAAUGCUUUGGGACAACACUAAUGCCUAUGUCCAUGAACUUGAAUAGCACACAAAAUCGACACCAUGAGGAAGUUUCUCUUGGAAACUUGAGGAGAUUUCAAUUUAGAGAACUUCAGGCAGCAACAAACCACUUUAGCAACAAGAAUAUACUUGGAAAAGGAGGAUUUGGCAAUGUGUACAAAGGGAUUCUCCACGAUGGGACGGUUGUUGCUGUCAAGAGGCUUAAAGAUGGCAAUGCUGUUGGAGGAGAUAUUCAAUUCCAAACUGAAGUGGAGAUGAUCAGCCUCGCAGUGCAUCGUAACCUCCUCAGGCUAUAUGGAUUUUGCAUCACACCAACAGAAAGGCUUCUAGUCUACCCGUACAUGUCCAAUGGUAGCGUGGCUUCCCGUCUCAAAGGGAAACCAGUCUUGGAUUGGGGCACCAGGAAGAGAAUUGCAUUAGGAGCUGCAAGGGGACUAUUAUACCUCCAUGAGCAGUGUGAUCCAAAGAUAAUUCAUAGGGAUGUGAAGGCAGCAAAUAUAUUGCUUGAUGACUAUUGUGAGGCUGUGGUAGGGGAUUUCGGGUUAGCAAAGCUUUUGGAUCAUCAAGAUUCACAUGUCACCACAGCUGUGAGGGGCACGGUCGGGCACAUAGCACCAGAAUAUCUCUCUACAGGCCAGUCCUCUGAGAAAACAGAUGUUUUUGGAUUUGGUAUCCUGCUUCUUGAAUUAAUCACAGGCCAAAGGGCACUAGAAUUUGGCAAGGCAGCUAACCAAAAGGGAGCCAUGCUGGACUGGGUAAAGAAAAUUCAUCAGGAGAAGAAACUUGAAAUGCUUGUAGAUAAGGAUCUAAAGGGUAACUAUGAUAGAAUUGAGCUUGAGGAGAUGGUACAAGUGGCUCUUUUGUGCACCCAAUUCCUUCCAAGCCAAAGACCGAAAAUGUCCGAAGUAGUUAGAAUGCUUGAAGGUGAUGGGCUGGCAGAAAGAUGGGAAGCUUCUCAAAGAGCAGAAGCAACCAAGUCGAAGCCCCACGAGUUCUCUUCAUCGGAUCGUUAUUCUGACCUCACUGAUGACUCUUCAUUACUAGUGCAGGCAAUGGAGCUUUCUGGCCCAAGGUGAAUUCUUUAAAGAGUUUAAUGUAUUGAGAAUAGACUUAGAAUACAAGAAGAAAUUUAUAGGUGAAGUUGCUUUGUAGUAUUGGUAUGAUGAUUUAAUGUUCUUUUUGGGUUGUAUAAUAGAUAGGGAUAUUAUCAAAACUCCAAAGGGUUUUAAUGUUUGCAUUGAAUUGUACAGAUUCUGUGUUUUUGGUGAAACUGGCAAACUUUCAAAUGAAAUUCAUGAAUUUGUAUUCCA